UUUCCCCGUUUUUGUUCUUUUCACAGGAUCGGCUCAUCCAAUUGCAAAAUUCUGCUCGAGACAGCCAUGAAUCUCAGAUAUCUACCCUUGAGAAACGCAGUAAAAAAGCACUGGAUAAAUGUACUCAGUUAGCUGAGCUAGUUGAAAAGACUGAAACAAAGGUCGCUGUAGCCUUCCGGCUUCAUAGGAAACUGAUGUACACCAACGAGCAUCAAAAGUGCGUCAUUCAAUCAUGCAGGAGGGAACUCGAAUGUAAGAAGUUCGAACUUGUUGCUUUAAAAGCAGCUGUCUCACAAAAGAAAGAUUCCUUAUCGAGUGACAUUGAUAAGGAACGCAGCCGUCCAGAUGCUUUGGAAAGAGAACUUCAGAUGCAAAACGGAAUUUGCCGAAAAUUGCAGAGCCAGCAAGAGGACUCUAGGAAAGAAAAUGAGAAACUAAUGCUGUCACUAGAGGAAGCGCAUGCACUUCUUGACCGGCAUGUACAAUCUAUAAACAAGCAUUGCGAGCUUGAAGCAGUUGCUCAUCUGGAGUUGGAUGAGACUAAAACAGAGUGUCGCACACUAAAGGAGUGUCUAGCCUUGAAAAAGAACAGCACGAAAAGCUUAGCUUAGAAGAGAAGUUAAA